UUUGGCUUACGACAGUGUUAGGUUCGUGCUACCAUCGACUAAUUAUUGAUUUUAGAUUGUGUCUAUGGUCAGUUCACGAACAAAAAGGAUUUUGGCGGCUCUUAGCCAAAAUGAUGAAUCGAAUAAUGUUUAUUCUGAGGAAGAAAUCGGGUCUAUGGCGAUAUCCAUUAUUUCAAGUGACAAUAUUUUUGACUAGAUAAUUCCGAAAAUAUUUUAAAAACUACUUUAAUAAGUUAGCAGAAACUGAUACAGAGGAUGACAAUGAAGAUGAAAGCUCCAAAACUUAAAAAAAUAUAUAUUUUUUACUAGUAAGAAUUUCAUAUUUUC